CUUCCUGCUUUGGCAAUGGCUGGGUGGAGCUGCCUGGUGACAGGAGCAGGAGGCUUUCUGGGCCAGAGGAUUAUCCGCUUGUUGGUGCAGGAGAAGGAGCUUCAGGAGGUCAGGGCCCUGGACAGGAUCUUCAGACCAGAAACCAGGGAGGAAUUCUCUAAGCUGCAGACAAAGACCAAGCUGACAUUGCUUGAAGGAGACAUUCAGGAUGCUCAGUACCUGAGGGCAGCCUGCCAGGGCCUCUCAGUGGUCAUCCAUGUCGCUGCUAUCAUCGAUGUAUCUGGUAUCGCUCCUAGAGAGACCAUCAUGGACAUCAACCUGAGAGGUACCCAGCUCCUGUUGGAGGCCUGUGUGCAAGCGAGUGUGCCAAUCUUCAUCUACACAAGUUCAGUCGAUGUAGCUGGGCCCAACUCCUACAGGGAGAUCGUCCAGAAUGCCCGAGAGGAAGAGCAUCAUGAAAGCACAUGGUCUGCUCCAUACCCAGCCAGCAAAAAGCUGGCUGAGAAGGCUGUGCUGAAAGCUAAUGGAUGCAUGCUGAGAAAUGGUGGCACCAUGCACACUUGUGCCUUGAGGCCCACGUACAUCUAUGGGGAAGGAAGCCCAUUCUUAUCUUCUGUGAUGAAUAUGGCCCUCAAAAACAAUGGGGUCCUGAAAAGUACAGGCAAAUUCUCUAUAGCCAACCCAGUCUAUGUUGGCAAUGUGGCCUGGGCCCACAUUUUGGCCUCCAGGGCCCUCAGAGACCCCAACAAGGCCCCAAACAUUCAAGGACAGUUCUAUUAUGUCUCAGAUGACACACCUCACCAAAGUUAUGAUAACCUUCAUUACAACCUGAGCAAAGAAUGUGGCCUCUCUCUUGAUUCUAGCCCAAGCGUCCCUUUGUCUCUAAUGUACUGGCUUGCUUUCCUGCUGGAAAUGGUGAGCUUCCUGCUGAGGCCAAUUUACAAUUAUCAUCCCCCCUUUGACCGCCACUUACUGACACUGUCAAAUAGUGUGUUCACUGUCACCUGUAAGAAAGCUCAAGGAGACCUGGGGUAUGAGCCUCUCUUCAGCUGGGAGGAAGCCAAGCAGAAAACUGGGGAGUGGAUCAGUUCACUAGCACAGCAGCACAAGGGGACUCUAAAGACAAAGACUCAGUGAUGUGCCCAUGGCAGGGGUGUGGUCCUGGGUGAUAUCUGGAGCUAUUUAUCCACUUCCUCCAUCUGGCUUCCUCUUAAGAGUGACAGAAGCCCAGGUCCCAGAGCCUCUCUCUCCCACAAUGGAAACCUACCCUCUUCCUAAGGCC